UGGUUUUAUUAUUCAAUCUUGCACAUAAUCACUUUGUAAUGUCUGAAAUACCAAUUGGUAAGUGUUUUACACCAGCAGUAUUACUCUCAUUGUGUCAUCAGUGGAUCAUUUAGACAGUGAUUUGGGAUUUCCAGUACUAAUUGAAAGAACAGAAAAUGUCUUUUUUUUUUUGCAAUAUCGAGAUGAGAUUUAGAUUGAUAGUGAAAAUCACAGCGAAUAUAAAAAUGAAAUACUUCAAUUAAAGAUCGAAAUUACUGACAUUUUCUAUUUUUUUUUUUGCUCUUUAUCAUAGUUCUCGAUCAAGGUACUGGUUUCGUUAAAAUUGGUUAUUCCGGAACCAAUUUUCCUGAACAUACUUUUCCUUCAAUUGUUGGAAGACCAAUUCUUAGAGCCGAAGAAUCAAACUCUUCUUUGGCUCUAUUACAAGAUUUAAAAGAUAUAAACUUAAAAGAUAUAAUGUGUGGUUAUGAAGCUCAAAAGAUUCGUUCAAUUUUACAAAUCUCUUAUCCAAUGGAAAAUGGUAUCAUAAAAAAUUGGGAAGAUAUGCAGCAUCUUUGGGAUUAUUCCUUUUAUGAAAAGAUGCAAAUUGAUCCACAUGGUAAAAAAGUCCUCUUAACUGAACCUCCUAUGAAUCCUUUAAGAAAUAGAGAAAGAAUGUGUGAAAUAAUGUUGGAAAAUUAUCAAUUUUCUGGGGUCUACGUGGCAAUCCAAGCUGUAUUAGCCUUAUAUGCUCAAGGUCUAUCCUCUGGUGUUGUAGUAGACUCUGGUGAUGGUGUAACUCAUAUUGUCCCUGUUUAUGAUUCUGUAGUCUUAACUCAUCAAACAAAAAGAAUAGACAUAGCAGGUAGAGAUGUAACUAAAAACUUGAUAAAUCUAUUACUAAGAAGAGGUUAUGCAUUCAACAGAACAGCUGAUUUUGAAACCAUUAGACAAAUAAAAGAAAAAUUAUGUUAUAUUUCUUAUGAUCUAGAUUUUGAUACUAAACUAGCUCAAGAUACAACGGUUUUAGUUGAAAACUAUGAGUUACCUGAUGGCAGAGUAAUCAAAAUUGGUUCUGAAAGAUUUGAGGCUCCGGAAUGUCUCUUCCAACCAAAUUUAAUUGGUGUUGAACAACAAGGUAUUGGUGAAGCUCUAUUCAACACUAUACAAUCCUGUGACGUUGAUAUUAGAAGCACUUUAUAUAAAUCUAUUGUUCUCUCUGGUGGUUCAAGUAUGUACCCUGGAUUGCCUUCAAGAAUAGAAAAAGAAUUGAAACAAUUAUGGUUCACUAGAGUAUUGAAUGGAAAUGCUGAAAGAUUAUCCAAAUUUAAACUAAGGAUCGAAGAUCCUCCAAGAAGAAAACAUAUGGUCUUUAUUGGUGGUGCUGUUUUAGCUCAAAUUAUGCAAGACAAAGAACAUAUGUGGUUAACAAAACAAGAAUGGGAAGAGCAAGGCCCAAGGAUUUUACAAACCAAAUUUGGUCCUAGAUAGUUAUAGUUAUAGUUAUUAAUCAUAGCUAUUGCUAUGAUUAAGUUCAUAUUUUUAUGUAUACAUAUAUAUAUGUAUAUUUAGAAUCACCAAAAUAUUAUGUUGCUAAAGCCC